CUCCUGUCUAUGAGGCAGCAGGAGAGCAGACAGACACCGAGAGACACAGGAGCGAUAUACACCAUGGCCAUGCUGAAGCGGGCGCAGCUGUUUGAAAGCGCCAGCAGCCGCGCGCGUUUCACCUCGACGUGGUCACGGAGCGCCGCACGCGCCGCAGCCGGAAGCCAGAUGAGUGACGCCGAGGCGCGCGAGCCGACGACAAAAUGAGGCUCCUCCGCACUUUGACCGCCGAGCUCGGCGCUGCUUUCACGGCAAGCAGUCACGCUUUAGGUGUUUUUCUUUUUUUUCAUCUGCGCUAUUUUUUUGGUGAAUUCGAGCGAUAGCAAUUGUAGGCUAUGAGGUGUCCCAGGUAAACAAAGAAAUACCGGGGGAGGCCAUGGUUAGAUACCGAGAACGGACGCUUUUAUACGUUAAGAAUAGGUGAAAUAACGUUAUUCAGGCUAAUUGUAUCUUUUUUUAAUGUAAUGUAAUGAAUUAAAUGCCUAACAGCAAGUGUAUAAAUAGUACCGACAGGACAAUUAGCGUCCGAUUCUUAAUUCAUAGACUUAGUGUUCAUAUUAAAAAUGCCUCGCAUCAUAUACCUGAGAUGCCAGUUUACACGUUUAACGACCCCGUCCUCUUUAUUAGCAUCAUUAGCCACUUUUGUCAUUGCUCGGACCUUUUUAGGCUAGUGAAUAGAUUUUAGAUAGGUAGAAUAGGCUAUAGGUAGAAUAACUACACGAUAUAUAUCAUGAGGGAUCACUAGAGAUCCUUGUAAUCACUGACACUCAUUAUUUUUUACUAUAUGUCAGCAUAUAACAUGAUAUAGGCUACAAGCAGACGUUUCGUCGUUGUUUAUUUAUUUAUUUAUUUAUUGAUAUAUCUUAUAAUUAGGCGUAUUAACCUAUUAUUGAUACUUCGAAGCUAGGUAGUAGGAUAUAAACAUUAAUCGAGCAGGAAGAGUUGAUGUCCUGCGAGGACAUGGAUGUUAGUCGGCCAGAUGUCGAGGCGCUCCAGGGGUCACCGGGGAAACCGGGAGCCGAUGAGCCGCUCGCCGCUUCACCUCAGUCGGGCGGGGAGAGCCAGCGCAGUUCGGGAGUGAAGAAACACCACCAUAAACACAACCUGAAACACCGCUACGAGCUGCUGGAAACGCUGGGCAGAGGCACGUACGGCAAAGUGAAGAAGGCCAUCGAGAGGCACUCAGGGAGAGUGGUUGCCAUAAAGUCCAUUAAGAAGGAAAAAAUCAAAGAUGAGCAGGACAUGGUGCACAUCCGUCGGGAGAUUGAGAUCAUGUCGUCCCUCCGUCACCCCCACAUCAUUUCUAUAUAUGAAGUAUUUGAGAAUAAGGACAAGAUUGUGAUCGUGAUGGAGUAUGCCAGUAAGGGGGAGCUGUAUGAUUACAUCAGUGAGCGUCGGCGACUUACGGAAAGAGAGACGCGCCACUUCUUCAGGCAGAUCGUGUCUGCAGUGCACUACUGCCAUAAGAAUGGUGUGGUGCAUAGGGAUCUGAAACUGGAAAAUGUGCUGCUGGAUGAGAACUGUAAUAUAAAGAUUGCAGACUUUGGCUUGUCCAACCUGUACCAUAAGGACAAGCUCUUACAGACAUUUUGUGGUAGCCCACUGUAUGCAUCACCAGAGAUUGUCAAUGGAAGGCCAUAUCGUGGCCCUGAGGUGGAUAGCUGGGCCCUUGGAGUGCUGCUCUAUACUCUGGUCUAUGGUACAAUGCCAUUUGAUGGGGGAGACCAUAAGAACCUCAUCCGCCAAAUCAGCAAUGGCGAAUACAAAGAACCGACGCAGUCGUCAGAUGCUCGUGGUUUGAUCCGUUGGAUGUUGAUGGUGAAUCCUGAACGGCGUGCUACAGUGGAGGACAUUGCCAAUCACUGGUGGGUGAACUGGGGUUGGAAGAACAGUGUGUGUGACUGCGAGAGCCAACGUGACAUGGGGUCCCCCAUGCUGGCUCGCCUUAUCGACUGGCAGAGCCGCACAGAGCCACGAGUGCCAAAAGGAGCCCGGGCUGAACCACUUCCACUUAUCCGUCAACGUCCUAAGAAGAGCAAGAAAGAGAACGAUGGAGGGAUGCCCCACUGUGAUGAGGAUGACAACCUGGGCCUGAAGCGACCAAAGGGAAUACUGAAAACUCGGCCUUCUGAAGAGCAGCGCUCACCCAGCCUGGAGGACAUUGACCUCAUGCCUGCCACUGAAGGUGCAGAAAAAGAGGAGGGGUCUCCAGCUGGCCAAGAGGAUGAGGAGCCUACAUUCACAGGAGGACUUCUGGCCAAGAUGGUGCCUGUUCUCCCAAAGAAGGGCAUCCUGAAAAAUAAGCAACAACGGGAAUCAGGGUACUACUCAUCACCAGAGCGCAGCGAGUCCUCUGACCUGCUAAGCGGCAGCAGUAUCACACCACUUGGUGCCAGCUCACCACCCAAACGCGCAGUGGGGAGGAAGGGCAUUCUGAAGCGCAAUGGGAAGUACUCCACCUACAGUGCCACACCUUCUGUGGCUGCCCUCGGUGAGACUCCGUCAGGUGAUUCAGGUUUAUGGCGUAGCCAGAGCCGGCCGUCCAGCAUCGUGGGGGAAGACAGCAGCGUACUGACCAACAGCUCCUUCAGUGGGGCAGAAUGGCCCCAAAUCGGCCCAAGGCCCAACAUCCGAGGCUGUGCGUCGGCUGAGAAUAUACUCCAGCUGGCCAACUUUAAAGGGUUACAGGCAGCUCCAGCCCUGCAUGGAGGGAAGUUCGGUCGAGGGACGCACGGCUCACCCGGGGACAACAGCAGCUUCUCCCUGCUGGGAGACCUGGAUGAUGUAACACAGGUAUACCAGCAAGCCCUGGACAUCAGCAGCAACCUGGUGUAGAGAGAGAGGAAAGGGAAGAGGAUGAUCUUGAGAGAAGAGGUGAAGAGAAAGGUGGAGAGAAUGUGUGAGGAGGUGUUUGUUUUGUGUAUCUCUGACGACCAGUUGCAAUGCUGGGAUAAUCGGAUUGAGAGGCUUGCGUGGAUUGAUUCGAGAGAGUUAUACACUGCCAAACAUACACCAUGUAAGACUUGAGAUUUGUGAAGUAGGGAAAUUGAUUGUUAGUCCUCUAGUACCCUUGACCCACAUGAAAAUCAGUGAUGAGUUCAAAUGUUUACAUGUUAAGCAAAAAGUGAGUUAAAAAUCACACAUAGACACCCUGCAACGGGAGGCUCCGAAUCAGAAUAAAGAGCCAAGCUAUGUUUACAAAAGCACCUUAACUCACACAGAGCACAUGUUGUGAUCUUUACUUCCUAUGAAAAAGAAAAAGAAAACCAGGGUCUUGCUCAAAAUGAACUGUCAGUGUCAUUUAUUUAUUAAUAUUAUGCGUAGAUGUAACGAUACAGAACCGGUGUGGUCUGACUGUCUUGGAAGAACUUUGUCUCUCCUUAAACUCAAAUGGAACUGACAUAUAUAAUGGCUAUUUUAUUUAAUUAGGUAAUAAAUAAAAUUACCUGCCUACUUAAGGCAAGAGGCCUGAUAUAUGACAGACUCUUACAGGUCUUAUAUCCAAUCCCAUAUAUAUAUGAGAAUAUGUAAGAAGUGCCUUUUUAAUUCAUAUGAAAUUAUGUAUGUCAUUUCCUUAAGGUGGAGAGAGAUGCCAGCUGGAGCCAUCACCAGAUGUGCUAAUUUGUUAAAGUGUUGACUGUUGAGAGACCCAGGACCUUAGAGUGCAAAGCCUUUUCAUAUUAAACCGCCUAAACAAAACCUCACUGUUAGCUUAAGCAAUCAGGCAUGUUUAGUCGUUUUGAAGAUUAUUUUCAGGCUUUAUUUCAUUAUGCAGGAGCCAGAUGGCUUUUAAAGCUCCUUACCCAUCGUGACCUCUCUGAAGCCGUCACACUGCGACCUUGUUUCUGUUUUGCUGUGUUAUCUUAGGUUUUUAAAAACUCGUGCCUGUAGGAAUCUUAAGAAAAGAGCUAGCUUAUUAGUUUCCAUUUCUGGGUUUCAAUAUACAAAUUCUUAUUUUCCACAAAUGUAACAUGAUGAAAUGGCCAGUUUGGACUUUUCCAUUGUUUUUCCUGGAAAGUUGAGGUCACUGUGUGUUUUAGAUCUAGUGCAGUUAUGCUUCAUUUACCGAUUUACUAUUACAGAGCCACUGUUCAUGAAUAAUCUCUGUGUCAUUCAGAGUAAUGAGGUAAAAAUAUUUUUCAAAACAACUGUCCAGUUUUUGGUUUCAGUUCCAAAAAAAAAAAAAAACCCAGACUCCUUGCCAUGGCAUGUUUAUACUGGAACUGGUUUCAGUUGUCAGGAUGAAGUGAUUUACUACACAAUUAAAUGAUUAGUUGCCUGUUGAAUGACUGUUGCUCAGUGAUCAGUGUAAGUGUCUACAUUCAUUUAGCCUUGAUGUAUUUGUGUACAGUUUUCUAGAGAGAGAGGAUGAGUAUGGAUGUUGGGUGAAAGAGACAGUAAUGUGUUUAUAGUGGUAGGUAAAUGUAGGUAAAAAAUAUUUAGCCUUUUCCAGUAAGUGGGUUUUAUGAUUAAUUUACUGGAAAUGGAAGCGGAAAGAUAAUCGCAAGUGUUGAAGUAGCGUGAUGAGAUAAGUAGAAAUGAAGAAAGUGAGUGGAUGAGGAUUUUACUCAUCAUGUGAUGAGAUCAAAAUGAUUGAAAGGAAAGAAUUUCUUAAACAUGCCUGUGUUAUUGUGCAUGGAUGUUAGUGUUCAACUGAGCGUUUCUUGUUUGUUCAGCUCCAAUAAACCUCCAGCAUCAUUGAGUCACAGCAGGACAGCUGAAAAUGAUAAAUACCCAAACUAUUGCAGGAAGUGCACAUAUCAGAUUUAUUUCCCAAACAACAAACUGACCAACAUCUGUAGGACAUAUGAAGGCUUUCUGUGCAACAGAGGUCCUGGGUACUGAGAGAACUGAGACACCCUUUGUGUAUCGUAUUGUAUUGCAUUUUUAUAUUGCAUUGUAUUGUCAACUGGAUUCACAGUGAAGGAAUUAUACUAUGUUAGUAUUUUGUUUAAUUAUAUUUCAGUUUUUGAUUCUCCAAAAUAUUGAAUCUUUAUUAUUUUAUUUUACUUUACUUUAAUGGCAGAAACUUGGAUGCGGCAAUCACUGAUUUGACUAAGGGCUAAGCUAAGCCUACCUGCUCAGUGUUCACCUUAAAUUAAUAACAUUAACUCAUAAAUCUAAUCAAAAGGUCACUUGACUGCAAUACAGCUGCUUACCGUACACUUUACAUCCUUACAAAAGUCCAAACUUUUGACAAUACAGUUUCAGCUGCUGCUUUGAUUCACAGUAGUUUACAGUUUUCCCAAAAUUUUCCAAAAUGCUCCCAUCUUAAAUGCCUGGUUUAAUAAAUAUCUGGUCUUAUUCCGCACUGAGACGUAGGCUUAUUUUGCUCUUUUCACUGUUGAAAUUUCUGGACAUGACUCACACUGUAAAUCACCCCAAAGUGCCACAGUGUCAUCACAGUACGUCCUCACACACAGUGACCUAUGCCACAAGGUCAUACCAAAAAAAAGGAAGGAAAGAUAUCAAGCUAUGCAUUAGUGGAUGAGCCGCAAACAUGCUUUCUGCCAAACUGGAAUUAACUGGUGCAUAUCUGUUAGUUAGCAGAAAGUCUACUUAUAGGAAAACUUGACUGGAUAUUGUUAUUGACAACAAGAAGAUGGUAUUAUUAUGUUAUUUAAGUAUUAUUUUUGUUAAAAAUUCAUUACUGUUGUUGGCUAAAGCCACAAUAAUCAUUUUUUUUAUUUUUCAUUUUAUUGAUUUGAAUACCUGGACUGCCAAGGUUGUUUUUGUUUCAGUGCCUUUGCUAUCUUUUAUGAUCAUUUUUUAUUUUAUUUUUUUUAAUUUUUUUAAAUAAGAGUAAUUUUAGCAAUUGUGUUUUUAUACUCUAUUUAUUUUGGUAGUGAAUCCAUUUUGGUUGAUGUCACACCACUCCAUGCCUUGUGUAAGACUGUGUGGGUGUUUAUAAACAGGGAGACGCGAUGACCUGGAAGGACAGGGAGGUAAAAGAAAAGGAGUGAGUGGGUGUGGAAUGCAGUUAUUUCAUGCUGAGGUUAUUCGUGUUUGUUUCAGGAGCUGAUAAGACCUGUAUUUAUCUGUGAAAGCUGAAGGAGUUAAGUGGUCAUCAUCUGUAUGGCAAAACCAAGCCACUGUAAAAUCAACUUGGUUAAUAAAUGGAUCAUUUCAAAGUA